CGCGCUGUCUCUCCUGACAUACGUACGGGCGUGGACGCGCAGCGCUCCGUGUGCCGGAGUUAUUUCUGCUCUGUACGGCUACAAUACACCGCAACAAGCUCAUAUACCUGGUUGUGUGGGUGCUGCUGAGCCUCUCUGAUUGUGAUCCACACUGUCCCAAAUGAGGGACUGAUGCUGGCCAGGACGUGCCUGAACCCCUCGGGUUGCUGCUUUUGUCCGUCCCAGUUUAGUUCUGCAUCUGCUCCCACGGGUGCGUCCUAGGAGAAACGGAAUAAAAUGGAUGAUAUCUUCACACAGUGCCGUGAAGGCAAUGCAGUGGCAGUUCGCUUAUGGCUGGACAACACCGAGAAUGACCUCAAUCAAGGAGAUGACCAUGGCUUCAGCCCUCUCCACUGGGCAUGCAGAGAGGGCCGCUCCAGCGUGGUGGACAUGCUCAUUAUGAGAGGAGCGCGAAUUAACGUCAUGAACCGGGGAGAUGACACACCCCUGCACCUGGCCGCCAGCCAUGGACAUCGCGACAUUGUGGGAAAGCUGAUCCAAUGCAAAGCAGACACCAAUGCUGUCAAUGAACAUGGGAACACACCACUGCAUUAUGCUUGCUUCUGGGGGCAAGACGAAGUAUCUGAGGAUCUUGUGACUAAUGGAGCUCUGGUGAGCAUCUGUAACAAAUAUGGGGAAACUCCUAUGGACAAAGCCAAACCUCACCUGCGUGAACUUCUCAGAGAAAAGGCUGAGAAAAUGGGACAGACCUUGGCUAAAAUUCCCUUCAAGGACAGCUUUUGGAAAGGCACCACCAGAACCCGUCCCCGCAAUGGAACUUUGAACAAACUCGCAGGCAUCGACUACAAACAGCUUUCUCUCAUCCUUAAAGUAAACGAGAACCAGUCUGGAGAGCUGUGGCAGGGGCGCUGGCAGGGAAAUGAAAUUGCUAUUAAAGUGCUAAAAAUUCGCGACUGGACCACUAGGAAAGGCAGAGACUUCAAUGAGGAGUAUCCCAAACUCAGGAUAUUUUCCCACCCGAAUGUCCUACCCAUGUUGGGAGCAUGUCAAUCUCCUCCUGCCCCUCACCCCAUCAUCAUCACACACUGGAUGCCUUAUGGCUCCCUCUACAACGUGCUGCAUGAAGGCACCAAUUUUGUGGUGGACCAGACACAGGCGGUCAAGUUUGCCCUGGACAUUGCUAAUGGAAUGGCCUUCUUACACACACUUGAACCCAUGAUCCCUCGCCAUUAUCUCAACAGCAAGAGUGUAAUGAUAGAUGAGGACAUGACAGCGAGGAUCAGCAUGGCAGACGUCAAGUUUUCCUUCCAGUGUCCUGGCAGGAUGUACUCACCAGCAUGGGUAGCCCCUGAGGCCCUGCAGAAGAGGCCAGAAGAGAUCAACCGCCGGUCAGCAGACAUGUGGAGCUUUGCUAUCCUGCUGUGGGAGCUGGUGACCAGAGAAGUGCCGUUUGCUGACCUCUCCAACAUGGAGAUAGGCAUGAAGGUUUCCUUGGAGGGUUUGAGGCCCACUAUUCCCCCUGGCAUUUCUCCCCACAUUUGCAAGCUCAUGAAGAUAUGCAUGAACGAAGACCCAGCAAAGAGGCCUAAAUUUGACAUGAUUGUGCCAAUUCUGGAAAAAAUGCAGGACAAGUGAAAAACCUCUUCUGACCUUCUUUACCGAAGCAAUGAACAGCAGGAUAUCAUAACCCAGAUUUGACUCUGAGAUGGUGGUGUGGUGCUUACCAGUAUUGCCUUAAGCUCUCACUCUUUACCGCUGCAUUCAACGCCACUGUACCUUCUGCUUGUGAGAUGAAUACAGCAGAAGUCACUCCUUUUUAUAUAUUUUUUUUUCUUCUUUUAAUGUGAUAUCAAAAUUUUAUUACAGUUUUGGUUACUGAUCUGCAGAAGCAUAGUAUUUACGGUUCACUGUAUAAACUGCAAUCAUAUUGGGCUGAGUACAAUCUCCAAGUGACUGAAUAAUCCGUAGCGGUCAGCAUGACAUUCUGCUGAAUUACUUCAGUGGAUUUAGGGCCUUGUUUGAUUUGGAGUUGUCUCACUACUAGAAAGCCUCCCUCUAAGGUGACUGCUCCUUUUGCAAUGAUGGCCCAAACAAAACAUAUUAACCCGAAGCUUGUGGGAAUAUGUGUGUGUUUGUUGUAUCAGCAGUAUCGAAUGUAUGAAGCUGAACAUUUAAGUGUAUAAGAUAAAACUUUAUAUGAAUGAGCAGUCCCCUUGAGUGCGUGUACAAGAAGCAGUGUUGCACCUUUUAGCUGGGCUGUAUAGUGGUAAUGAUGAGCUUGGCCUUUUCAAGCACUGCCUGUAUCCUGAACAACCUCCCAAUGAUUUAAAACUGGCCAUAAAAGCUUCUCUGUGCCACUGCCUUUGGGAAGAAUUAACCCAGAAUGCAAGAUUGGUGAUUUACUCUUGAUAAUUGUGUUAGUGUACUCAGCAUUACUUAAAUGUGUUUGUUUAAUCCUUCAGUAAUUCAUGUGUUUUGUUUUUCCCUGUUCCAUUAUUUGAAUCCUGUUUGCUCUGCUGUUGAACAAAAGCUUUAGUCAGCUUGUGUCAGGGUGUCUGAAACUGUUUGGGCUCAAUGUAGAUAUUAUUCCUUGGUGAACCAACAUAAAAACUGCAGCCUAUGUUGUAAUUUAUUAAAAUAUAAUACAGAUACAGGCAAAAUUAGGUGUUGUCAGAGAAGCUGAUCGCAGUUUUGUGGUUGAAGCAGCUGCCUGCAGAAGAUGACGGGACAUCAAGGGACUUAAUGCUGCAACGUGUUUUUUGUUCUCUCAUUUGUUAUUUGAUCCACUGGAUUACUUCAUGCUUUAUAUCACUUAUGUUUUAUUUUUGUUUCAGUUGCAUCUUUUCUGUGCCUCCACCAGCUUGCCUGUUUGUGCUGAAGCCAAAAUCAAGAAUGACAUAUGCAAAUGUAUGUAUUU